UAAUGUUGAAAAGCGAGCAAUUUUGUCGGAAUCUGUGAAGAAGACACCGUUGGAAGCACCUCAGUUAGCUUCUUGUCAAGUGCUCGGGUUGGUCGUUUCUGGAAGAGAAACUUAAUGGCUAGUGGCGCAGGAUUCCAUCAGAGUGUGCUGGAUGUCGCUUUUGAUAAGUUCAGCAAGAAAUAUCCGUCAUUUAAGCGCGAAACCGGAAGAAGAAUGAUAGAUAGUUUAUCGGGGGCUUAUAAGUCUCUCAAAAGUCGCCGACAAAGAAAAGAAAGUGAAAAUGGGUCAGUCAAUAUACUUCCCGAAGAGGAAAUGAAGCUUCUUGAAAAAGACCAAGAAAAUAUACCAGAAGUAAAAGUUAAUAAAGGAAUAAAAAGUGGUGUGAAAAGUGAAGAAAAAGUUAUUCCAAAGAAAACUGAAGAAGAAUAUUUGUUAAAGAAUGACGAUGAUGUGCAGUCUUUAAGAAAGAGUGAAGAUGGAGAUUUUUCCAAGAAGACUGAAGGGGAUUUAUUAGAGAAAUCUGAUGAUAGUGAUGAUUCAGAUUUUCUCACGGCAGAUGAAAAUGAAGAUCUAGAAAUAAAAGAUUCCACGAAAGAUAAACCUUCUUCAGAAGAUCCAGAAAAAGGCAUUCCACCAGAAAAACCAGAAGACUGUGUUGUAGAUAGUGUACCUCCCGGCGGCAUUGGUCCGCCUCACAAACCGAAAGGCGUGGAUAUAUCACAGUACCUGCAGAAGAAAAGUAUGGCUCAAGGGAUGCUAGACUUGGCCCUAUUGUCAGCUAAUACAAAUCAACUCCGGUAUAUCCUGGAAACGCGGGAUGACAACGUGUACUUCUAUGUGAGCAUCACUCUCAUCAUCAGCAGUCUUGUUCUCCAAGUGGCUGUUGGCAUUAUGCUCAUCUGGAGCCAUAGAUUCAACAUGCGUAAAAGAAGUGGAAUGGCCAGUGCAAACAGAAUCAACAACCUCUCAGUUCUAGGCGUCUUCCUAAUCACCCUUAUUAACGUCUUCAUCAGUACAUUUGGAGGAAGUAGCAAUGCUGGGGCUGCUGUACCUCCAGCUUCACCACCUGCUUCGCCACCUGUUUUUCCUGUUCCUCCAUCAGAACCACCAAAGUUACCCUCACUUGAUGUUCCUGUUGAACCUGGAGCAGCUCUUGCGUGAUCGUUAAGCAUUUUCUCCACAAAAAAUUCCACAAUAUAACAAUAUAAUUUUAAUAGUUUUAUAGCCCAUUACUAAAUUUUUACAAAACAUGCAGUUUAUCUAACAUUAGCGACAUCUGACUGAGUCCUUUCACCAGUAAAUCUGACCUUUCGCAGCUUAUUCAACCUUCUUCUAUUUCGUUCUUGUAGCCGAAUAAUUAAGGUCUCUCCAAAAUUUAUUAUGCAGACGGUGUUACCAAAUUUUUUUUUGCCAUGCUUUAAGGAAAUUUUGCAAUUUUUCAAUGUUUUAACAUGCAGAGAAAAAACCUUGAUUUUCAGACCAAUGAAGCAUUUUUGCAAAAUGGUUUUAUAGUUCGCACUCGAAAAGAGGUAUUGAACCCAACAUGACGAUAUCGUUGGCAGUCUCUGUUAUCAGAUAAGACAAAGAAAUAUGCGAAGAAUUUAAUACGUAAAAUAUUGAUUGUAUAAUGUUAUUGCUUUAAACAAACGAAAAAUAACAAAUAAAAUUUAUUGAGGAAGAUUUAAAGCAGUAAAAGUUAUUGAUGUCUUGAUUAUUUUAGUUGUGUAUAUUAGUGUUGGAAAAUAAGAGUCUGAUCUAUUAAACUUAAAUGUAUAUAAUUUAAAGUUUAUUUAAUAAAAAAUGGAUAAAAAACAUUUUAUGUAUAAUUUUUUGUUUGAGGAGAGACAUUUAAAGUUCACCACUUAAUAUUAAUUUUCAUUAUUUUCAACAUAAUUUGUAAUAUUGUGAACUCUUUGAACUAUUCUAUCAUACUCAAUCAAUGAAAAUUUGCUGGUUAAUGCUAUUUUUAAUUCACUUACAGCAAAAUUGUAGGCAAAAAGUUCGAAAAUUGUAUCGAGUAAUUUUUAAUUUUUUUUCUCAUAACUUUUGCUGGAAUAAUCCUCAAUGACGAUUUCUUUGACAGACUCUGUUAUCAGAUAAGAAAAAGAAAUAUGUGAAGAAUUUAAUACGUAAAAUAUGGAUUUUAUAAUUUUAUUUUUUUUUAUCAAAAUAAGAGAUAACAAAUAAAAUUUAUUGAGAAAGACUUAAGUCAAAAUUAUUUUAAUAUAUAUUUUAUAUUUUAAUUGUGUAUACCUAUUAGUGUAGGAAAAUUUAUGUGUAAUAUUUUCAACUUUAGGUUAUAUAAUUUUAAGUUUAUUUAAUAAAAAUGAAUAAAUUUUUUUGUGUAUCAUCGGGUAUAAUUUUUUUUGGGAUGUAGGUUUAAGGUUUCUGAAUCCAACGAUAGCAUCUUUUUAUACUACUGUGAGUACAUUUAUAAUAUUCUUGUUUGGAGCUGACGGUACUUGAAAUAGUCAUACACGUUUAUAAAUUUUGAAAUUAUACCAAAGUAGUU